AUGUCUAGCAAUCAUGGUAAGGUAGAGACUGAUGUUGAAAUCAAGGCUCCUGCUACCAAGUUCCAUGAAGUUUUCACACACAGACCACACCACAUAUCCAAUGUCAGCUCUAACAACAUUCAGGGUUGUGAUUUACAUGAAGGUGAAUGGGGAACCGUCGGCUCUGUGGUCUACUGGAAUUAUUUCCAUGAUGGGAAAGCUAAAGUUUCCAAGCAGUUGAUUGAAGCCAUAGACGCUGAAAAGAAUCUGAUCACUUUCAAAGUGAUCGAAGGAGAUCUGCUGGAGCAUUACAAGAGCUUCAAGAUAACCUUUCAUGCCACUCCAAAAGCUCAUGGUCAGGGCAGCAUCGUCCAUUGGACUAUGGAGUAUGAGAAGCAUCAUGGUGAUAUUGAGGACCCACAUACCUUGCUCCAGUUUGCAGUUGAUGUCUCCAAAGAUGUCGAUGCUCAUCUUACAAGUGCCCAGGCAUAA